AUGGUUGAACCAGCUAGAAAAAAGCAGAAGAUCGAUCGUGAUGCUCAUCGCAUAGCGGCUGGGCCAGUGGUGGAGGCCAAGAACACGCUUUAUGUAAGUCAGCUGAACGAAAAGAUUAAUGUGCAACGACUGCGAGUAAAUCUGUUUCUGCUGUUUGCUACGUUUGGAGAGGUGUUGAAGGUGAGCAUGAAUUUCAAGAAACAACGGGGUCAAGCCUUUGUCACCAUGAGGACCAUCGACCAAGCCAGUUUGGCCCAAAUUUCAUUGAAUGGUGAGUUAUUUUUUGAUAAGACUUUGAAAGUAGAGUUCAGUAAGAAUGAAACGAAAACACUAUGA